GAUUGUUUUAAAAAAGUGCUAUUAUUUUUCUAGAUUAAUGAAAUAAUAUUUAUUAAUUGUGUUAAAAAAGUGUAUUUAUAAGUCAACGAAUGGACGCGGAAUAAUUCGAUUGUGAAAUUAUUUGUAACAUUAAGAUUGCUCCAAAUUCAUUUGAGACUCCACCGAGAAAACAAUAACCAUCUUGAACUAAUAAAAUAUUGGCCAAGUAUAAUGAAACCGCUUUGUUGGUUGUUGUCAUAAAAACGAAAAGUAUGACAUGAAUAAAACUAUAAGAAAAAGCAUUAAGGCAUCUUAAAAAUGAUGAUAAAGAAGAAAUUAAGUUAAUUUCAAUAUGUUUUUAAACUUAUAAAAGUAAAUGAAUAUUUUCUAUUAAUUUAUACGCAAUACAUAUUUUCAAAGUGUAUCUAGUUGAUUAAACGACAAUAACAACAAAAUAAACCUAAAUAAUGGCAGCUGCUGCUGUAGCGGGUGCUGCUGUUUCAGCAAAUGAAAUUGAUGAAUUCAUCAAUGGUGCACUUGUUUCGUGGCUGGAAUCCUGCCUUUCUCGUCCUGAAAUUCUUACAGGGUAUUCUUCUCUUCUUGACGGUCACAUCAUUCACAGUGUCUGGCUUCAGAUCGAUCCGGAGCCCCAAAAUAAUCCCAGCGAAAUAAAUGAUAAUGGUGACGUGGCCUUGUGCAUUGCUAGGGCCAAAAAUUUCGAAUGUAUAGUGCGAAAUUUAAAAUCGUUAUUUGAAGAUGAAUUUGGACAAACCAUCUUGGUGCUACCAGAUUGUUAUAUCCUCGGCUAUCAUCCUGAAACUAAACAGGGUUUGGAACAGAUGAAAAUAUUACUAACACUCCUCUUAGGUGCUGCAGUGCAGUGCCCAAAUAAGGAGCUAUUUAUUGCUAGAAUAAAAGAAUUGGACGUGGAAACACAGCAUGCCAUUGUUGAGUUAAUAAAACAGGUGACAGAUAAUCACAGCUUAGUACUGACGGAAGAAUCUUUGGAUUUGCUAACACCGCAGGCCAUGUAUAAUCACAUUUUAAGAUUGACCAAAGAACGUGAUAACAUGUACUUAAAGUGGAUUUCAUCAGUAUGUACGGAGCGUGACAUUUUGAAUACAUCUGGUUGUGGUGAUAAUUCUUCAAACUUGUCAUUAUCGGCUUCAAGUGGAUUGACGGCAACGCCUAUUUCGUCUUCAUCAAAUACAGAAAAUAAUCACAUGGCAGUAGAGUUGGCGGAUUUAAAAUCGAAAUUGAGAAAAUUGCGUCAAGAGCUUGAAGAGAAGUCGGAAGGUCAAUUAGAACUGCGCGAAGAACUAGAACACAAAAAUUCUCAGUAUGAGAAACUUCGUUUAGAAAGCCAAGAGUGGUAUUCAGAAGCUAAACGUGCAUCAGCUUAUCGCGAUGAGGUGGAUGUUUUAAGGGAGCGUGCGGAAAGAGCGGAUCGUCUCGAAAUAGAAUUACAAAAAUUCAAAGAGAAACUAACGGAUUCAGAGUUCUAUAAGACACGUGUUGAAGAACUACGCGAAGAUAAUCGUAUGCUUUUGGAAACAAAGGAAAUGUUGGAAGAACAAUUGCAACGAUGGCGUAAAAGAUCGGAACAUGUUAUGACGUUGGAGUCGGAAAUUAUUAAAUAUAAGCAAAAACUAAAUGAUAUGGCGCUGGAAAGAGACUCCGAUCGUUCUAGAUUAGAGGAAUUAAUUGAAGAGAACACUCAACUUCAAUUGGUGGCCAAGAAUCUUAAUAGCACUUUAGACAUGGACAAAUCUUUUUCUGAUAAUGACGACGAAUGCAAUUCGGGUGAUAAUAGUUUAUCUGAACAAUUGACAAAUAACGCUCAGACACGUGCAUUAAAACUUGAACUCGAAAAUCGUCGACUAACUGCUGCACUAGACCAACUCAAAGAGUCUUCUUUCCACGAAUCCACCAAUAAAAUGUUAGAACUAGAAAAAGAUAAAAAAAAAUUGAGUUUAAAGAUUGAACAAAUGCAAGACAAUAUACAGCGUCUAUCUCAACAAAACGUUGAACUAGAAAAUGUGUUCAAAGAUGCGUUAGAGGAAAAUAAGAAAAUGCAAAUUACAUUAGAUCAACGUCAGAAGGCAUACGAAAAACAAAGUCAAGAACGUGAGGUAGAACGAACAAAAUUGGCAGAUUUGGAAAAACAUGUAGAAACACUGAAUAAGGAAAAACAACGUAUUCAAACACUUAACGAAAGUGUGCAACGCCGUGCCGAUGACUUAGAACGUAUGGCUGAUUCGCGUUCAAAAGAAAUUGAACAGUACAUGGAGAAAGUGAAAACAUUUGAAAAUACUAAAGAAACAGUGUAUGAGCUGCAAGCUAAACUCAAUACAUUCGAACGGGAAAAUGCCAGUCUUGCCAAAGAAGUGGGUAAACUAAAAGAGAAUCUUGAAGAGAAAUCAGUGUUAUUGGAUGGCCAGUGCGCUGUAGUCGAUAAUCAGUGUAAAGAAAUAUUACGCUUAACGAAAUCGCUAGAAGAAGCUGAGUAUACACAGGUUCGCCUUAAUGAUUUGGAAGUCCAAAACCAGGAACUGGUAUCCCAACGAGAUAUUGAUUUGCAAACAAUUACUACUUUACGCAAUGAUUUGGUCAGCGGUACUCUGGCCACCAAUAAAGUAAGGUAUAAUUUGGAAAAACUUGGCUUAAAUGUAGAUCCCACAGAUGAUAAAUCCGAAUUAAAUGUAGAAACCGUAGUUGAGAAAUUGGUACGUAAUCCGGAAACGUUCAAAACUGUGCGUGAAAUUAUGCUCAAUGUUUCCAAGGAACAAUCAGAGAAUGGUAAUUCAAAGUCAGAUAUAUGCGUUCUGUGUCAUCGGAAGGAAGUGUUUACCGUUGAAAAGAACAUAGAGCUCUCUUCGGCUUCUGAAGUAUUUGAAAUAGCAGAGUUAACAAAACUGUCUGAAGCCAACACCCAACUAAGUGCACUCAAUGUGGCCUUGCAAUCUACGUACGAUCAAUUACAAUCCGAGAAUGCUCGCUUUAAAGUAGAUGUUGCAACACUGGGUUCUCAGAUUACCUCAUUAAAUACUCAACAUGUUGCCUUACAAUUGGCCAAUUCUCAAUUGGCGGCCGAUAAAGAUGUUCUGUUGAAGGAAAAUGAACAACUCAAACAUGAACAUAAAAACCUUCUACAGGAUCAACUCACUUUGCAAUGUUUGCACGAGCAGCUGUCAUCGGAAUACGAAUCUCUCAACAAGGGCAAAGAGCAACUUAAGGUAGUGGUACGGGACUUGCGCAAUGAAUCACGAGAACUUCGGGAACACAUUGUUGUCUUAGAAACACAAAUUGACGAUUUGAAGCGACAAAAUACUUCGAUGAAAUCAUGUUCCGAAGAUCUGGCUAUUCUUCGUACUGAACAUUCAAAGCUCACCGAUGAUUUUCGUAACUUGUUCGCAACUAGCGAACGCUUUAAGAACGAAUACAAAAACAUUCAAGAACAAUACAAAAUGAUCCGUAUGGAAAAUGGUAAAUUGAAACUACAAAACAACGAACUUACGGGAGAACUGGGCAGUCGAAAUGAUCAAUUGAAAAUUAUGGAAAUACAAUAUGCAAAAGCGUCACAGCGUUGUGAGAUGUUAAUGCAACAAAAUGGAGAUUUAGAUACGGAACGUAAAACGUUAAUGGAGAAUGUUUCGCAUUUACUUAAACAAUACCAUGAAUUAUUAACACUAUCGCUGGAGGAUAAAAAACACUUCCACGAAGAGGAGAAGAGUUACACGGAAUGUGUACACAACUUAAAUCGUCAAAAAGAAAAGUUGGAAGAAAAGAUUAUGGAACUCUUUAAAAAAUCAGAAGCUGUUGUACCAAAAAAAAAACCAUUUGCUAGUAAUUUGGUUAGACGUGUAAAAAAAGCCAGUUCAGACUUGAUGAAUAAAGUUCCCAGUCGUAAUCGUCGUUCUUGGAUUGAUGACUCUCGCUUAACACAAUCACAGUUCAUGAUUGGUUCCGAAUCCGGUGGCAAUGAUUCUGACAAUAGUACCGAAGAACCACUUUCAAUUAACUCGGAUAUCCAUUUAUUACAGCGUAAUAUACCAAUACGUCAAAGUCUUCAACGUGACGUUUUGGACCAUUCAAUUUCACGUGGUGGUACUAUGAGGAGUAGUUUGCAAACUCAAAAACGUACGGAUUUAAAUAAUUCACGUAGAAAUAGCGUGCACGGUUUGGAAGCGCCUGAUGUAACAGGAAGCAGUUUAACAUUGGGCGCGGCUGGAUCAAGACGCACCGUUUAUCUGAUAGACGAAAAUCAAAAAAUUCCAGAAACAGCUGAUGGGAGCGGAGGAGGUGGUAGCGGCAGUAAUAGCAGUUCAACAGCAACCUUGAGCGGUAAAAAUAACACAGCUGAACCGCAAACCCCGACUUCAACACAAAAAUCUGACAAUCCUGCAACUUUUCUUAUGUAUAAUCGAAUUAAUAAUAUAAUUGGUGGAAAUUCUGCAAAUGUAAGUGGUAGUGAAACUUCUUCACCCACCCCUGCUGCUGGAAGUGGUAGCAGUAAUCGUGAUACGGAAGUCCAUCAAGACGAAAAUAAACUAAUGCGUAAUAAACGGCCAGAAGACAAAAAUAAUAGUAUUUGGUAUGAGUAUGGUUGCGUUUGAUUUCUUCUUUUCUCCAUGAAAGAUACACAAUCAUGAAAAUCUCUUUAUUUUAUUUUUUUUAUUUACAAAAUAUGCCUUAAAAUAGUAUUUAAUACGAAUUUACUGUCUACACAAAUCAAAUGAGACUCGUAAUAUCUAUUGACUGAUAGCCAGAACUUAUAUUUACACUUCAUGUUUACAUUAAAAUUUCAAUAGAAAUAUCACAAAUCGGUUGUGUAUUCUAAAAUGCUUCCUCUCGUUCAUUUACCUCGAAUCAUAUACUCGUAAUAAAAAAAUGUUGAAGCCUUAAGUAUUUCUUAAAUCAAAAGAAAGCAAACAAGUUUUCCAUAAACAAACGUAUGAUUACAUAUUGUAAUAAUUAAAAUCAAAAUAUACAUACAUGCAUACAUACAUAUAUUUAUAUAUUUUUAUUAUUGUAAAAAUCAUUUAACAUGCGUCGCAUCAUUGCCAUGUGCAUUUAAUUAAAUUAAAUCAGUAAACUAUACUGUCCAUUUAUGUAUUUAUUAUAAAAUAACUUAAUUAUUUAAUAGCAUUUUUCUUUAUCUACUUAUUUUGUUUACAGUAACAAUUGUUCAUUAGCAACGAAGUACUUCUCGAUUUAAAUCAAAUCAAUAAUAUUUUAUUUGUACAUUAUAAUUAUUAAGAAUUAAAUUUGUUUUAGAUUUAUAAACUAAAAAUAAUUUAUUUAAAACGCCUACAACUUAUACAUACAACCACGUACAAUUUCAAUAUGUUUAAUAAAAUUUAAACAAAAAUAGAAUUUCGCACAAAAAUUGUCGUCUUCUUCUGCAAUAACAAUAAUCACAACAUGAAAUAAAUAAUUCCUAUAAACAUAUAUACAAAUACCACAUGCCACUACGUAUUAGAUAAUUAAAAUUGUGCAGCUUAACAAAUAACAAUAAAAUUCGUGUAGUAUGUGUUUUUUUAUUAUUUAUUUAUUUUUCAUGAUCAUCCAUUUUUCAUAAAUGACAAUAAAUAUCUAUAGUAUACACAAACCUAAGAAUAAUACAGACUAUUUUACUUAUUACUGCUUUGUAAAAUUGUAUCGAUUACAAAUUGAAAACAAUAUAAAAAUGAAGCAUUUUUAAUAUUGCAUUCCUAAAAUAAAUUGACUACUUACUAAAUUGAAA